UGUCGAACACAGACCGGCAAAGAUUGUAGGCCGCCAGUCGCCAAGCCGCUACUAGAGUGGGCAGUGCCCUCUGUGGAAGUGAAUGCUGCACACUACAAAAAUGUAGCCUAUGGUUAAUGGAAAAAUAUGAAAUUAUACAAAUUACCACAGUAUCUAGAGCUAGAUUGUGACAUGAGACCCCUUACAGAUUUAAUUUUGGAUCCGCCACUGAACUUUAGGUUGUAACUUGUAACCAUGGUAACCUAACCUAACAAACACGAAAUAUUUUCAAAUUUUAUUCACAAAUGAACAAAUAUCGAGUUUUGGGAAGAAUAGGAGAGGGUGCUCACGGAUACGUGAUGAAAGGAAUUAAUAAGGUGACAGGCGUAGAAGUGGCACUCAAAAAAUUGAUUAUACGAAAUUUGGACGAGGGAAUCCCGACAAACAUAAUGCGCGAGAUAGCCAGCUUACGGGUCCUCAAUUCUGUUUAUAUUGUUAAACUACUAGAAAUUAUUCCUCACGGAAUGGGGUUUGUGUUAGUUAUGGAAUACUUACCGACGAGCCUUUACGAAGUGUUGCAUAAUUGUAACAAACCGCUCAACGAAUCGCAAAUUAAGCUCUACUUAAAAAUGCUUUUAUUGGGCAUCUGUUAUAUGCAUCAAAAUCAUAUUAUGCACAGAGAUUUGAAACCGGCAAACUUACUGAUCGCUCAUAGCGGAAUGCUGAAAAUUGCAGAUUUCGGUUUAGCAAGGAUAUACUUGGAAAAUGAACCAAUUCGUCAGUAUUCCCAUCAGGUCGCUACACGUUGGUAUAGAGCGCCUGAAUUAUUGUAUGGUUCUCACAAUUACACUAAUUCAAUAGAUAUGUGGUCGUAUGGAUGCAUUAUGGUUGAAUUAUACAAUAAAACACCUUUAUUUCCGGGGGAGACUGAUAUUGAACAGUUGGCAAUAGUGUUACAUACUUUGGGAACGCCCACCUUGGAGAAUUGGCCAGAUUUACAUUCUCUACCGGAUUAUAAUAAAAUAACAUUUUCUCGUAGUCCUGGACUUGAUUGGAAAGAUAUUGUACCUGGCGUUCUGGAUUCGACAUUAGCUUUGAUCAAAAGAUGUUUACAGUAUAAUCAUGUGACUCGUAUUAGCGCGAGUGAGUUAAGGAUGAAAUCUCUGCUCUGAUUUCAAAAUGAUUCCAAAAGUUAACUGGAUCCCAUUUAAAUUUGAAAUUGACAAAGCGACGCGUGAUCAAACAUCUUAGUAACAGCCCUUCAAAAAUUUAACAGGCUUCCGUUACAGUCUAAAAGCAGGACCCCCGUACGUUAGUUGUAAAGAAUAAGAAUGCUAUGACCUGAAGUACGGUAGGGAAGGAACGCAAAAUAAAAUACUGAAAUGGCCAAAAGUUUGUUUAGUAAUUACUGCUAUUAUAAAGAUUGCGAAAGCUUGGAAAUGUAUAGUCAAAAUAUAAUUGAAUAUAAUUUGAUAUGGUACUUCACCAAGUAAAAAUAGACUGGUAAAAAAAGAACUUCCCAAGUAAAAACCAGCCAACAAAUUAAUAUUUAAAUUGUAUAGCAAAAUGAAUUGUUUGUAAAUUGUAAUGUUAUAUCAAUGCAUCACAAUAAAAUUAUAACAACAUUAACGUUCGACAUACUCAUACAUGAUAUAGCAUCUGUACGGUAGGCUUCGACAGAUGACAUAUUUACACCGACUUAGCAAAAGGUUGACUUAUUCAGUCAUUUCAUGUCAAGGGUCAACUAAACAAAUCGAUUAGCAAUAUCAGCAAGGUGGCUCUUUUCUAAGCCACAUAAAAACAAAUACACAAAUAUAUCUCUGGCAUAUGUUAGGUGUCUUAUUUGCAUUUGUACCUUCAGCGCACAGGUCGAGAUUAGGUUACAGUGUUUAAUUAAUGAAACAUGCGAGACAAAAUAUUAGUAUAGAUUAAUUACUUCAAUGCCAAGUGCAAUUAUUCGACAAUAUUGACUUUUGAUUAAUAAAUCCAGAAAAAGGUAGUGAGCACAGUCAUUUUUAAAAUUAUCGAGUUUAAGCAAUGGAGAAACAGUAAAGGCACAUACACAAAGUUGGUUCAGUUUAGGUUAGUGGGAGCAGUCAGCAAAUGAUUAAAACCCUCUUUGGGCCAAUUCAGCAUUAACAACAAUAUAUGUAAAAAUUAGUGAAUCGCAACUCAUCGCACAAACAUUGUAAGUUGAAGAGUUUUUGCUAACAGAAUUCCAACCCUUGAAUACAUAUAACUUGCCUUUCACCCGGGGUAUCGGAGCCUACAGUUGAGAUUCGAGAUCAGUCCCAGCAUUAGAUGUCAUAACUAAAGUGGUUACAGUUAUUUACCAUCCCUGUGACUGUCUCUUCACGGAGAAACGUGUUAGUUUAUUUGCAAUAUCUUUAACGUUGCAGGAAUUGCGUGAUAGUCGAACUGUUAUCUUCCUCUUCUAAAAUCGCAAGUAGAACAGGUUUUUGCAUACACUAUUUUCCAAUGAUAUAGGUAACGUAUACCUGUAAUGAAUCCCGUUUUGGCUUAAAUUGAUCUCCACUUUGCACAACUCGAAAAAUAUUCGGUAUAUUAAAAGAUGUGACAUUGAAGAAGAAACAAUAAUCUUUUUGGAGUUUUUAUUUAACAAUAAUAAUGAUUGGUUAUUUUCUUUUUU